GUCGAUUUUUUGUCGGUAGCGCCAUUCCUGCGGUGCCACAGGCUCCAAGAGCUGCGGAGGAUUGUAAUAUUUCCAUUCCUGGCGGUGUGCGAAGCGUGCGUUGAUUUCGUGCCACUGGAGAGUAGCCCUGCUGCAGGCAGUGAUUAUUGGCAGCUGGUAGCGUAAAAUGGCUGAGCUCUCGAGCCGGAAGAAGUGCGCGAAAGCAGCACUCAUCGCGCUAGCUAAGCAGCGCUUCGCGGAACAGCAGAGUGCGAGCAGUCAUCAGCUCGUCGCGCCGAUCAGCCCGUCGCCGCCCGAAUUGAUUGAGAAGACGCUGCGCGAGCUCGAGGCGCGCGGCCUGCUGCGAGACAAUCGAUUGGUGGACCUGGGCUGCGGCGACUGCCGGUGGCUCGUCGCCGCCCGAAAACACUGCCGGCGCCUCGUCGGCUACGACAUCGACGGGAAACUACUUGAGAAGGGCCGGGCGGCCCUGGACGGCGCGGAUCAUACGCUCGUCGAGGCCGACUUCUUCGAAUCGGAGAACAUUUUCGAAGACGGCGACGUCGUCGUCGCCUACCUGUUCCGCGAGGGCUGCGCGAAGCUACGCGAGAAGCUCGAGCGGGAGCUGCGGUGCGGGACCCUGGUCUGCGUCGGCUUCGAGCUGCGGGGCUGGCGGAGUAGUUUUGAGGUCGCCGCGGGCGGGCUCGUCGCGCGGGUGUACGAGGUCCACGCACGCGAGUCGACGAGUGAUGAGGAAAGCGUUAUAAGUUAAUUGUUAGUUAUACCCCUACACGCAGCCCACACACUUCUGCGAGUGACCGGCCUCCCAGUCUUCUCUCUGGCACUCUUCACUGCAGUAGCGCCGCGUGCCACAACGGCCAAGGCGACGAUGAACAUUUUCAACGGAUACGGGAGUGGUUGGACAGCGGAGGAGACGUCAACGAUGCUGAGACCGAUGACUGGGACGGACAAACUUUAUGUCUCCUAGGCCGAUGCCGCCACCCGCAUCUCGCCAGACUUCUCUUGGAGCGCGGCGCUGAUGUGAAUUGUGUCGACGAGUACGGGGCGACCCCAUUGUACCACGCCUGCAAUAACCAGGAUGUUUCGCGGGCCACUGAAAUAGUUAACAUGAUUCUGGACGCCGGCGCCGACAUCGAUGCCAAGACGACGACAGAGUGUGAAGCUGAGCGUGUUGUUGGGAUAGCGGGCGAGACAGCAUUAAGCACCUCUUUAGACUGGUGCCGGCAAGCUCAUCGAAGUUUUGCAGAAAAACGCCUGAGAUUCGCAACUCUUUUAUUGCGUCGCGGCGCCUCACUCGACGACUGCUGGGGCGGGAUGUCGGCGGAGGAGUGCCUCCGGCACAUAGAGCAUCCGGAGGCUUUUGAUGAUUCAAUCAACAGUUUAUAUGACUACUGGCAUCGUCCAGGGACAGCAAACAACGAACACUUCCUCGCGUGCAAGAAAUUGAUCGCCGACGAGCGGCGCCGCAGAUUUGUGGCGAAGCGGAAGGAGGUCCUGCGGCUCCGGUCGCUCGUGGUCCGCGGGCGCGCCAAAAAGUCGUCGGACGCCAUGCUCGAGCCCAGCUUCCGCCUGCCCGACGGCGUCCUUUGGAACGUGCUCUCCUUCUGGCCGCCGCGGUGCGAUUACUUGUACCUGCCGGCGUCGCUGUACCGUCCGGCGCCGACGUACGGAGGCCAUCGGCCGGGCUUCGUGUUCAAAACGCGCGACGGCCACACGGGCUACUGGGUCGAUGAUGGUAGCCAUAAAACCCCAGUAGCCCGUCGGUGGACGCAGCACGACGCGUCGGCCCAAUGGACGCCUGGCGGAUUAGGACCCCACCUCCCCCAACGGGACCUGGACGCCCUUACCGCGUUCGCCGACCGCUCGGGCCUCAGCGCGAUUGCGGACCCCGAGGCGCGCAGAGAGGCUGCGGCGCAGAAGGCGGACGAGAUUACCGCGCUCCUCAGCAUCUAG